ACACUGUGGUCUUGAGCCUGUUCUGGCCGGGCGUGGUCGCUGUUUUUGUAAUGGUCGACUAACGCCCCCCGUACACAUGUUAUUUUCUUACCUGCCCCGUUGUUGACAUUGUGGAGUGAUGUUUUCCGAUAGUUAUUUCUGCAUUUGAACAUAGGAUUGGGUCGGAAUAUUUACAUCGGCGCACACCACCAAGUCACAGGGAAAUAGCUUUGCGCCCUACUAUACGAAUGCUUUACUCUGCGAAGUCGUACUGACCCAGUUCGUUGUGUUUUUGUGCAGAUGAGUCAAGCAGCUCGCUCUCUGCUCUUUUAAAUAUUUGACGGCAGGGGAGGGGGUGUAAAUUUACGACACUUCACGACACUAGUGAAUACCUUUGCGGCAGUCUCUGGUCACACGUGUUGUCAUUGCAUGGCUGUCCCUCGGAGUAAAUAUCCGCAGCUAGCUGAUCAAAUUUAGGACCCGAGGAGAAAAUGUCUUUCAGAGGAGGAGGUGGACGAGGUGGAGGAUUUAACCGAGGCGGAGGGUUUAACCGAGGUGGAGGUUUUAACCGAGGUGGAGGAGGCAGAGGCGGAGGAGGGUUCGGUGGAGGCAGAGGUGGUGGAGGAUUUGGACGGGGGGGUGGCAGAGGUGGUUUCAACAGACAAGACUACGGUCCUCCAGAAUAUGUUGUCGCACUGGGAGAGUUCAUGCAUCCAUGUGAAGAUGAUAUCGUGUGUAAGUGUACAACGGAGGAAAACAAGGUCCCCUACUUCAAUGCCCCAGUGUACUUGGAAAACAAGGAGCAGAUCGGGAAGGUGGAUGAGAUAUUCGGCCAGCUCCGGGAUUUUUAUUUUUCAGUCAAACUUUCUGAAAAUAUGAAGGCAUCUUCAUUUAAGAAACUGCAGAAGUUUUAUAUAGAUCCAAUGAAGCUCCUCCCGCUGCAGAGAUUCCUCCCCAGGCCACCGGGAGAGAAGGGGCCGCCAAGAGGAGGCCGAGGUGGGGGUAGAGGUGGAGGAAGAGGGGGCGGUCGUGGAGGUGGAUUUCGAGGCGGCAGGGGGGGAGGUGGCCGUGGAGGAGGAUUUGGAGGUGGUGGUCGCGGCGGAGGAGGAGGCUUCAGAGGAAGAGGAGGUGGUGGCGGACGUGGAUUCAGAGGUGGGAGAUGAUCUGAGAGUGACGGUCUGGUGGGAUCUUUUCAUCCCUGUCUACACCUGCUCCAGUGAAAAGGCUGCGUUCCAUUCCAGUGCCUUGCCUGUUGUACUCAGAACAUGGACAUUGACUCUAUUUGUAGAACUUGAGUGGAUCUUCUCAUUUUGUUUUAUUUUUGUAACAGUUUUGAAGCUGUGUCAGAUCUCCGUGAUUUUUAUUUAAAAGGUGUAACACAGCAGGGACCUUGUCAUCCUGUUAUGAAGGGUUAUAGGCUCCCUUUGUGAACAGGCAUGUCAUUACCAUGUGCUGACUGUGUUAAAUUGUUUGGCCAUGACAGAUGUUUGUGCUUCUGAUAUAGAUCUCAGGAGACACAUUCACAGACUUCCAUGCGCUACUGUUGUCAGAUGUGGGAAAAUGUGUAGGAAAUCGGACUUUAUUCAAUGUUAGUGAAAACAUUUUAAUAUUCAUAAUUUGUCUUAGCAAAAUUCUGUCACAUUUUUGUUGAAGGCCUUGAUUAAAAGGUGCUUUGUAA